GGUUUCAUCAAAAAAUCACAAACACUCAACAGUCUUCUCUUUAUAAACUCCCACAAUAAAGUACACCCACACAGCACGCCGUAUCCCUCACAGCACUCUCACUCGCGCACACACUCUCUCUCUCUCUAUAUCCGCCACCGCUUAACGGCGCUGUCCGUACAGCACCGAUUUAAUUAUUAUUUUUUAUUUUUUAAGAAAAGGAAGUAGGAGGUGCUUGCUAAUGGCGGCCACCGCAGCUCACGACUUCGCUGACGGCCCUGUGAUGAACCUAAUCAACAAGCGCCUCCGUGGUCUCCGCAAGAAACUGAACCGAAUCUCGGCCAUGGAAGAGUCACUCUCUCAAGGAAAGCCACUCAACAAGGAACAAGAGGAAGUUCUCCGCUCCAAACCCUCCGUCGUCGCCCAAAUCGACGAGCUCGAGAAGCUUCGCCAGCCUCUCUCCUCCGCCUUAGCCGAAGAGCUCGACCUCGCUCUCCAAAACCGACACCAAACCCUAACCGUAGAAGACUCCGUUCCGCGGCAACGACAACAACCGAAUUCAAACGACGUCGUCGUCGAGGAGCUUCUCAAUUUGCUCUACUUCGGUUCACUCUUCGAUGUGAGGUCACAGAACGACUUCACCUCCACGAUGCUCACCAGGACGCACGAGCGCGGCUGUUGCUUGACCUAUGACUACGUCACCGACGACGCCACCGAUCUACUCGGAGAGAAGGACUUGGAUUCGAUCUCUGCCUUGGGCGGAUUGUUGAUCUCGCGGCCUGCGGAUUCGAGCUUGUCGCACAAGAACGCGCUGCGGCGAUGCAUUGGGCACGCCAAACUGUGGCUUGCCAAUGCUGAACAACCGAUUGAGUCCAAUGCUGAUGUUACAUAUGCUGGUUUGAGGGAGAGGUUGAACAAGAUUAUGUCUUCAGAGUACUUCACCACCACUCCUGAGAUGAAAGCUCCGGUUGAAGUUGCUGCUGCCGCGGCUGCUGGAAAUUAUACGUCUUUCCAGGUUCCAGUGCAUGGCUCUUCGGUUCCUGUAGAAGGGGAAGGUUCCGUUUCUCUGUCUCAGGAGAAGGAUGAAGGAACCAUAAAUUUUCAAGGACAUGGAUCUGGAGAUGAUCAGUCUGAUUUUGAAGGGGAGCUUCAGAAGGAUGAAGUAGAAGCAGAAAAUGCAGUUGAGGUGGUCUCAGUUAAAUACGAACAGACCAACCCGCUGGUGGAUGUAGAGCACAAUCAACGAGAUGUAGAGGCAAAGGAGCAACAGUAUUACCCCCGGAGGGGUUACCAAAGAGGCGGUCGUGGUGUAGGAGGCGGUCGGAGGGGUUAUUCAAAUGGUCGUGGAGGUCGUGGUGGUGGCAGAGGAGGCUACCAAAAUGGCCGCAAUCAAUACUUUGACCAGCCUGGAAAUUAUUAUCCAAGGAACUAUUAUAACAAUAGAGGAAGAGGCGGCAGGGGUGGUGGCUACCCUUACAGCAAUUAUAGUUCAGGUGGUCAAGUUAAUCAUAUCGCAGGUGAUGUCGGGGUGCAAUCAUGAUUAAUUAUGAGGUGUUCAGAUUGUUUGUUUCUGUCAUUAGUUGGUGGUGAACUUUUUUAUUCGCCUGGCAUGAAACAUGUUUGGAACAAUUUUAUUUGACACUUCGAAAAUCCAGACUCCACCAUUUUGUAGCCCAGUAGCUAGUUGACGGAAAUCCUACAUGAAGAAAACUGUUUCCGGACAUAUGUUCUGGAAUGUUGCUCUUAGACUUUCUGCGUUAUCCUCCAAAUGGUUUGCAUCCGUGUCCCUCUCCAUGUAUAGCCAGGUAGGCAUUGCCGUUGCAAUUUGAGUACGGUGGGAUGAUAGACGUAAAACACAUUAAGACUAGUGUACCUUGUCGUAGGAGUAAUAUAGGACUAGAGUUCCAAAUAUUGUUUCUUCAUAGACUAAUUAAACGUACUAGAUUUGCAACACAUGAUCUGUUAUUUAGACUAUCGAGUUGGAGAUAAUUGUGCAAUUGAAGUGAAAAUAAUUAAAAA